ACACCUGCAACUCAGCUAGAUCCAUGGGGGCUACUCCACCACCUCCAGAAGAGCUGACCACCCCCUUUCUGAAGAGGACAAAUACGCCGUCUCUCCAAGAGGAAGCCAGUGUGGGUGUCAUCGCAGGUGUCAUCACAGUGGUUUUCAUCACACUACUGACAGUCCUGGUAGUGAUCAUCAUAUACCUGUACAAGAAUAAAGGUAGCUACCAUACCUAUGAGCAACCAGAAGCAGAUGUGUCAGUACAGAUGGAGAACCUCCCUUCCAAAGGAGAAAAGGAGGAAUAUUUUAUAUAACCCAUUCAGUGGGGCUAACAGCUUCUACACCGGACUCAGGUUUGACGCUAAGUUGCCCAUGUUUCCUGGACUCUGGGAUCUAGAGACUUUUU